AUGACAAGCUCCAUCAACCUUCCGCCCUUGAAUGCAGGAGCAUUGGGUCUGACGAUGAAGGCUUGCUGUGCAAAAGCUCAGAUGCCACCCAAGGACCUGUCAUUUGCCGGACAGACUGCCAUCAUCACGGGAUCCAACAUCGGCAUAGGCUUGACUGCCGCAAGGAUGCUUCUGGAGAAGAACCUAUCCCAUUUGAUAAUGUCGGUCCGUUCCGCAAAUAAGGGAGAGGCCGCCGCCUCUGAACUCCGGAAGAAGUUCCCCUUCGCCAAGAUAGAAGUCUGGUCGCUGGACAUGCUCUCCUACGACUCCAUCCAGAAGUUCGCCGCCAGGUGUUCCGCACUGCCGCGCAUAGACUUCGUCAUCCUCAACGCCGGUGUCGCGAAGGAAACCUUCGAUCUUGCCCCGACCGGCCACGAAGAGUCUAUCCAGGUGAACUACCUAUCGACUGCGCUGCUCGCUAUCCUUCUUCUGCCUGUGCUGAGAGCCAAGAAGAUCGACGGGAAAGCUCGCACACUGUCCAUCGUCAACUCCGGCACGGCCAUGAUGACGAAGUUCAAGGAGCAUGGAAAUGUCCCGCUCUUACCCUCCUUUGACGACGGGAAGACCUUCGACCUACUCGACCGAUACGCGGUGUCCAAGGUUUUGGGCCACCUCUUUAUGGUCAAACUUGCUGAAAGCGUCAGGAAGGAGGACGUGAUCGUGAACUUGGUCGACCCUGGCUUGACUAAAGGAACGAACCUGCACGGCGGUUUGAGCGCACCGAUACGGGCUAUCAUGGGAGUAGCCAAAACCAUGACCGGAAGACCAAUCGAACAGGGAGCAUCGACUUAUAUUCAAGCUGUCACAAGGGGAGAAGAAACCCACGGCAGCUUCCUCAUGGACUGGACCAUCACCCCAUUCGCCUCUAUCAUUUACACACCGGAAGGAAAGGCUGCGACAGAGAGAUUGUGGACCGAGACUCUGGAUGACCUCGAGUUCGCAGGGGUUCACUCGAUCCUUAGCUCUAUGCAGUCGGGUUCAAGAUAA